UUUUCAGUCGGAAGUCAAAAAUGUCUACUUGUGAAAAUUCAUAGACUUAGUAGGAAAGUCUGACAAGUUGUUUGCUAGGAUGUGUUAAAGAGUAGUUUGUAUUUAAUAAAUUCUUUCACUGGGCUUCAUUGAUCUUCCGUCCUCUCAUGGGCGGGCGCCUUAGAUCUAUUUUGCUUCUGAGCGUUGUUUUAUUUAUCUACUUGUACUUGGAUUGGUGCUAGAUUAGAUUUAACACAUGUGCUGCUGCUUUCAAUUAAGGCUUGUUUCUCCCAAGCUCAAUGCCAACACCGGAGACAAGUGAUAAAAAGAAAAGAAAAAAAACAAUGGAGUCCAGCAGAGGAGGAGGAGGUGGAAUCCAGCAGUUGCUUGCUGCUGAACAAGAAGCUCAACACAUUGUCAAUGCUGCUAGGACCGCAAAGAUGGCAAGGCUGAAGCAAGCCAAGGAAGAGGCUGAGAAAGAGAUUGCCGAAUACAAGGCUAAGACAGAGCAAGACUUCCAGAGGAAACUUGAAGAGACAAGUGGAGACUCGGGUGCGAAUGUGAAGAGGCUGGAGCAAGAGACUGAUGCCAAAAUCGAACAGCUCAAGAACGAAGCUUCCAGGAUUUCCAAUGAUGUUGUGGAUAUGCUCCUCAAACAUGUCACCACUGUCAAGAACUGAGAGUCAUUUAUAACUUUGAGUUUCUGCUCUCUGUUUCUGGAUGGAUUGAAGAGACUUAAUAAAUCUCAUAUUAUAUUUGUUGCUAUGAGUUACUUCCUCCGUUUUGAAUUAUAUGUCGUUUUGGAGCAAAAUUUUCGUUUCAAAAUAAGUGUCGUUUUAUGAUUUCAAUGCAAAAUUUAUUGACUUUUUAA